AUGGCUCGGCGCACCGGGAAACCCGACGAUGAGCUAUUCAUGCAACGUCCUGGCGAUGGUUGUGAUAGUCCUACGGUCACCAUAGAACCUUUAAGGAUUGUGAAACCAACGAGCCCUCCCCGACAUCGAACGGAAGCCAGCUCGUCGAAUCGAUUUGCAUCCCCACCUCCUGCGAACAAACCUACAUUCCCUCUACCGCCAGGUGCCUCGAGUUCUGCAAGCCCUUUACCAUAUCCCGAUGACGACGAUGACGACCUUUUCCAGAAAAGACCUGAUCCUCCUUAUCCCGACAACCGAGGUAAGGCCCCACAGAGAUUCAGCUGGAACGAUCAAGAAAAUAGAAUACCUGGAGGAAGUGGUAGGCAGACUGCAUAUGAUACGGCACCUCGAUUUACGAGCCCCAUAGAGAAAACUGGCCCAGGCCUAUCAGAAAGGAGGGGGAAUGCACCGCAACCUCUGCCUGCUUCUCCAGAUACAAGCUCCCCGCAAAGAGAGGGGAUGUUUGGCAGACUACCUAUAAGAGAACAAAACCCUCCAGCUGGCGCAAGUGCGUACUCAGAGGGCAGCAGGCUAUAUUAUCCACCACCUAUCCCUCAUCCAACGACUUUUAAUGGGACGCCUUCAAUACUAUCACCAACCCCGAAAAAUGAUAUGAAUAGACUUGCUUCCACGGCUUCAACCUCUACUACUAGAGCAACCAGAGGAUCCCCACCACCACCAGAAACUCCCAUUGAUCCACCAAGCGCACUCGGAGGAGGUGGCAUCGAGGCGCGAUAUGCUGCAUCUGGUAUUACAGGUGCUGCGACUUUAAGUAGUCUUCAAGCGCAGAACGCAGCCGCUGCUCAACGGGCUAAUCAAUAUGCGCCGCCGCCCGUCCCGCAAAUGCCCCAAUCGCCUCCCGCAAGACCAUGGACUCCGACUGAGUCUCCUGAGAAUGCCCCACAUGGUCCCCCUAGAGUGUAUCAAGGGCUAAAUGAGAUCACUCCAUCAGCUUCUCCACCUGCUGUAACUCGCCCCCAAAGACAAAGUUCGGCCCCACCAGUAAAUACCCUAGAACAAGACUUUCACCGCAUGCAAAUGUCUGUUGAAGAGCCCCCGCCAGCGUACUCUAGUGUGACCCCUGGAUCUGCAAAUCCACAAGCGUACCCAGUCGAGAAACAGCAGCGUGCCAACCCACCGGCUGCUAUAGAUACCACGCCAAAACCAAAUAUCGCACCACCUUUAGCAACGCCCGCAAAUAAUCCUGACCACCCUGCAUUUGCAAAUGAGCCAAGACAAGAACAUAUUCCACAACAACCUACUGAAGCCGGACCGUCGACUCAGCCUGCUAAUGUUUCGCCUUUUCAAGGUGCUGGCCCAACAUCGCCACCGCCACUUCCAGAGGGCUGGAUCGCCCACCUGGAUCAAAACUCUGGUCAGUACUAUUAUAUCCAUCUUCCUACUCAAGCCACCCAAUGGGAAUUCCCCAAGGGCCCUACUCCACUGAAUGAUGCGCCACUUUCACCAGUCCAAUCAACCUAUGCUGGAUAUGGCAAUCCCAUGGCGUCUCCAGGGUUGAGUAUGUUCAACAAGCAAUCUCUUGGCUCUCCUGGCUUUCAAGGAAUGGCAUCACCUGGUUUUAUCGGUUCACCGGGAUUUCCUCCACACACUCCCGGCUAUGCGGAGAGUAUAAUGAGUAUGGCGUCAGGAACUCCAACUACUGCAGGAUUUUCUGGGCCACCUCCAAGUGCAGGAGUCGACAUGUAUAAAGUUGUACCUACGAAUGGCGUGUAUUUUGGUCCUUACCUAAGAUACGUCAAUAUGGAUAUGGAGAACGGCGUGUGGCUUGGUACAAUUAUGCUUGUAACAGAUGCCCCGCAACCACCGACUAUUCAUAUCCAUCAAAGCGUUGAUCUGUCGCCAAAUCCCAGACAGCUCAAACCGAAUCCGAUAUAUACACAUCAAAGAUGGGUCUUCUACCGUUAUGAUGUCGAUCUGAAGAUGGGAGAAGGUCCAGGUGAGAAAUGGACGUACGCUAUAACUUCGCAUUUGGGUUGCACACGAUAUGAGUUUCUGGUAGCUGGACGUUUCGAGACAAAUUGGAGAUUCAUUGCACAUUCUGGUAAUGACUUUGCUAUGAACACUACUGUUAACGAUCGAUCCAAACUGGGUGGAAUUGGUUUCAUGUGGAAAGAUAUUUUGCAGAAGAAUGUCGAAUGCGGUGGUUUCCACGUGCAACUGGGAUUGGGAGAUCAGAUUUAUGGCGAUAGGUUGUGGAAGGACGUCCCUCUAUUGAAGCAAUGGCUCGCUAUGAGUGGUAAAGAGAACCGGAGGAGCGCAGCAUGGACAGCAAGACACGAGGAGGACGUGGCGCAUGCUUAUUUCCAUUACUAUACCAGUCAUUUUGAUCAACCAUAUUUAAGAGAGGCCUUUGCUCAAAUCCCUCAUAUACUACAAAUCGAUGACCAUGACAUUUUUGAUGGCUACGGUUCUUAUCCAGAAUAUAUGCAGAACUCCAACAUGUUCAAGAACAUUGGUCGUAUCGGCAUUCAGAUGUAUCUCCUCUUUCAACACCACACUACCGUCGACAUCCUUCGAAAUGUUAGCACUGACAUUGAUCUAUUUACAAUCACCGGAACUGGUUGGCACUUUGUAAAAUAUCUAGGACCUUCGGUUGUUGUGAUAGGCCCAGACUGUCGAUCAGAACGUAAUCAACGCCAAGUUCUUGCGGGUCCUACUUAUCAAGGCAUCUUCCCUAAAGUAGCCACGCUACCUCCGAGUGUACAGCAUUGUAUAUGGAUGAUCUCGGUGCCUGUAGUAUACCCACGUCUUGAAGCAGUCGAAAGCCUCGCACAUACUAUGGCCACGGGUAAGAAGGCGGUCAACAGCACGUACAACUUACUUGGAAAAGUCACGAGUUCCAUGGCUGGAGUAGUGGGAGGCAAGGAAGCCGUGGCAACUGGCUUUUCACACGUCAAGAAAGCGGUAGGCAAAUCUGGAUUGAUGGGAGGUGUGCUCAAUACAUUUGGUGAUAUUGAUAUUGCGGAUGAGUUGAGAGAUAUGUGGACACAUGAGAGUAAGGAUUUGGAGCGAACGUAUUUAAUACGGACACUGCAGGGAAUUGCCCACCAGAAGGGUAUUAGGAUGACAUUCCUGUCCGGCGACGUAAACUGUUGCGGCGCUGGUCUUGUCCAUGAUCCUUCUCAUCCAUCUGACCAUAAGACUAUGUAUCAAAUCAUCGCAUCCGCGGUCGUCGCAGCUCCCCCUCCAUCAUACGUCCUCAAAAUGCUUCAUAAUAACAAACCACUUUACGUUCCUCAAAACGGCGUUAAAACAACAAACCAAGUCAGCGAUACCAAAGAGGACAUGAUGGAAAUAUUCCAAACGGACACCAAUGGUGGGCCAAGAGAUAUGAAGAAAUUGAUGGGUAGGAGAAAUUAUGUAGCCUUUGUGGCUUUCGAUCCGGACGCGAUGAUGGGAGGCAUGAGUGCUAAUGGAAGUAUGCACAGUGGCAAUGCUGGGUUGGCAAAGUUGAGUCUAGCUGUUGACUUUGUGGUGCAAGGAGAUGGAGGAUUUAGUCCACCUACCAAGUAUGGUCCUGUUAUUGUGCCAAGCCUGGAGUUUGGCAGGUGA